CAACUCAAACGCCUCAUUUCCUCCCUCUCUCCCUCACUCGCUCCCUUCCUUCAUUAUUACCAUCAUUUUUCCUUCUCCUCCUUCUUGUCUAGACUCAACAACAACAACAACAACAACAACAAAAUAUAAAUAAAUUAAAAUAAAAAUGGGUGGUUGUUUGUCUUCAAUAGAAGAAGCAGAUUCAGAGCGUGGGAGUGGGAGUGGGCUUCCAACUAGUAAUGUGGUAUCGGCUAAUGGCGAUCUGCACAAAUAUACAGUUCCCGUGACUGUUUCUCAAGUCCUCCACAUGGAAUUUCCAACCCUUCCACCAACACCGUCGUCGUCAUUGCCAUCUACCUCGAAUUCCAAUUCAAAUUUCAAUUGGAAUUCGGCGAAAUUCUUCGUGUGCAGCUCAGACCUCUUGUACUACGAUGAAUAUAUCCAAGCUUUGAAUGGGGAAUACCAACUUCAGCCGGAUCAGCUCUACUUCGUCCUCCCCGCUUCUAAGCUUCAGUACCCAAUUACUGCCUCCGACAUGGCCGCUUUGGCCGCCAAGGCCAGCCUCGCCCUCUCCCACUCCCUCCAUAAAUCAUCAUCCAAUUCUUCUUCUUAUAACAAACCCUCCUCCUCCUCCUCCUCCUCCUCCUCCUCCUCUAUCCGUCAAGGUCGCCACCACCGUGCUCGUGCCCGCCAAAACAACAUGGCUAGAAUUUCCCCCUUCUUCUUAGAAGAAGUCAACAUUAACAAUAAUACUAGUACGAGUAAAAGUACGAGUACGAGUAAGCGUGAUAAUCAUCAUCAGAGAGUUCCUUCAUCUUCUAAUUCUGAUGGUAAACAUUAUUAUUAUUAUGAGAUGGUGGAGGAGGACCGUGAUGAAUUGAAGGGCUUCUCAGAUAAGUCUUAUCCAGAAGAAGCACUAGGAGUAGCAGGAGGAGGAGGAGUAUUAUCAAGCUCUGUUUCUGAGAAGAAGAGCAUGAGGAUCCGGAGUAAGCAGCGGCAGAAGAACAGAUACAGAUACUCAGGCGGGGCUAAGGUUGCUGUUCGCUCCUUCAGGAUCCAGUUGACCACUAUCUACGAAGGCUCCGUCCUCCAUUUUUAUUGAUUACCAUCACUUCCCCCUUCUUCUUCUUUUUCUUUUUCCCAAUUUUUUAUAGGAUAUUUUACAACUGCGGAACCAUAUGUCACCAUAAUUUUUUUUUUUUUUUUAAAUUCAUGAAUCAUGAGAGCCUGCUUGUCUUUUCUUAAUUUAUGUGACAAAAUGCACCAUCUGUGUGAUCAUUUUUACGAUUGUACAAAUUUUAAAAAAAAAAAUUAUAUUAAAAGAUAUUCAUUGUGCCAUAUCUUUGAAGUGA